AACCUUUUGGCAUAGUCCGAACAUAGAACGUCAAAAGUGGGGAAAUUAAACUAAAUUUCUCGUGUUCAACAUUUUAUUACCUAAAUAUAUUUUGGCUGAAACACAGAACAUUUUUUAUUUUUUUGCUCACCAAAAUUCUCACACGAUUAUUCCGAACAAACUAUUCUUCGAAAUUAACCGUGAUUGCUACCUGAAAUUUAGUAAAAUUUGAACAAAUGGCGCUUCGUAUUUGGACUGUGGGGAUUAAGCGAAAUGCUCUGCUAGCAGUGCCCACAACAAGGAUAUUUCGCUUCCCAGUAAAGCGCACUCUAAUGGAGAGAAAGAAUCUGCAGCCGUUUUUCACAAAGCCAAGCGUUGUAUUCUCAAAGGAGGCCCUCGCGCAUCAUUGGGGGGCAGUGCCCAUUGUAGUGAUCACAUUGGUUGGAUUUACCCUGGAAGUACUGUCAUGGAUUCGCAUAGCCGUCACCCGGGAUGAUGUGUGGUGGACCAAACACUCGGCCAAUGGCACCUUUGUGGAGACCCGCAAGGGUUAUCCCGCGCCCAAUCGCAAGUUCUUGACAUACAAUCAGAAGUACGAGACUCCACCUGGACUGAUUGAGGCCCUGCAGGGAAAUACGGAUGGUCCUUCGGACGACGACAAGGAGGGCAAGGGCGGGGGCAUUAGUGGCAAGAAGUUAGGAACCCAUAUCGUUCUUACCGGUGCUGCCCUCGGCGUUGCCGCAGCCGGCGCCGUAUACGCGGGAGUCAUUUAAGACUAACUUAUAGAACGGGUAGAAUGGUGGUUGCAAGGCAGCGCCGAUCAUUCUCGCACUAAUCCAUCAUAUCAACCCCACACCACAGAUGAGAAAAAAAAAACGAAGAAGUAGCUGAGAGCGGUGGCUUCGUAUUCGGAGGCGUUCAGAUCCGCAUGGAGGUCUUAUUUAUAAUCCUAUUGACCGAAACAUUUAGUUAAAAUUGAGCUGGGGCCGUACUAAGCCACUGUAAAGCGCAGUUAAUUUUUAAAUAAAACCCCCUAGACCGA